AUGGAUCCUUUAUCAAUCACCGCCAGCAUCGUGGCGCUGCUCCAAGCAACCACGGCCGUGGGAAAGGGACUCCAGUUCCUCCACUCUCUCAGCCACAUCCCCGACGAAUUCUGCGACUUGAUCAAUGAGCUCGCAACCCUGCAGGCCGUCCUGGGACAAGUCACCAGCGCGCUCAAUGAACUGCAGGCCGACAGCCUAGCUGCGCCUGUGCUUCGGGUUGAUCUGACCAAGGCACUGGUCUUGGAGAAUGACCUGCGGCAAACCGUGGGUGAGAUUGACGCUCUGUGCGUCCGGCUCCGGGAAACGGCCCGCGCCACGAGGCGGGACGGGAAGCUGGCGAUAUCUAAGAAGAGGUGGCUUCAGGAGCGGAGCAGUAUUUCCCGUCUCAAGGCGAAAGCGCGUGCGGCAAAGAGCGAUUUGUCGUUGUGUUUCGAAUCCCUCAUUUCUACGCAAAGGUUCGCAAGGCAAACACGCGUUUCAAUCGAUAUCCACCGGUUGGUGGCCAUGACCUAUGACGGCCUGACCUCAGAGGUCGAGAGGAGCAGCAAAGUUGCCGAGGCGCACCAGAGCAGCUUUGACAAAGUGCAGGAGUCUCUCAAUCGGCUUCACGCAAAGGCGCUUGAUCUUGAGCAACUGAUAUGCGCGACUGUCAAGCCUGUGGCAACCCACAACGGCGGUGCUGCGAGUCACAUGGAUGAAAUCGAUACGAGCGGUGCUGUCUGGUCAUUUCAAGCCUCGCUGCGACUACCGUGCUCGGCGUACUGCAAGUGCCAAUGCCAUCGUCAAUCCCAAGUCGAAACCCCCAAAUGGCUGCGUUCUGUGUUUGGCUCCUUGUUCCUCCGGUACAACAGCCUCCCCGUUUGGGACACGCGGCCGUGCCGAGUAGAACAAUGCAAACGAUCCCAGGGCUCCAUCCGGCUGCGGUAUACCUUCCCGCAAUGGAUGAUAGCGAGGGAGGUUUCCCUUGCGACGUCUGGACACAGCGUCGUGGGACGUGGAGCUGCGCUGCACGCCAGGAUCCGGAGGGUUUUGCCCGACGGUCUGGCGCUUGCGGCCAUUGCGUUUAACGAUCUAGAGUGGUUGAAGAGGGCUCUCGUCAGUAAUAGGCUGCAUAUCACGGACAUUGACCAGUCUGGGAAGUCGCUGAUGAAUCUCGCACUCUAUCAUCGGAAUCUGAAAGUGACCAGGUUUCUCUUCGAGCAUGGUUCGCCUCCAGGUGGAGAAGACAACUAUGGAUGGUCGGUCGCAAAGGAGGCCCGUUUGAAGCUCUAUUCACCAAAGGCAAUGUAUCGAGACCCUCGGGACAAUGAUUUCCUCCGCAGACUUUCCGAAUUGGGAGACGAAGAUGAGGUUCGAAUAUCGACAUUGAUUCAUGAUUGUUUGCUGGGAAUCAACCCCAUUUCUCUUUCUACCGCUAUUGCCCAGGUUCCGUCUGAUAUCAACCGUCUCGAUGAUUUUGACCUCGCUCCGAUCCACUGGUGUAUUAGGAAACACGAUUUGGUUUCGUUCAAGAUGCUACUCGCUCAUCCGCAGAUCGAUGUUCACAUUACCCACCCCUUCGGUACAUUCCUCCAUUGGGCCGCGCGUAACGAGUACCCUGGAUCCUCGGACAUGGCUCGGUCUCUACUGGACGCUGGUCUAGACGCCAAUUCUCAGAAUGGGCAUGGCCGCACUCCAAUCUACUUUGCGUUUCACAACCCCGAGACGGUUCAGCUACUGCUUGAUCACGGCGCGACUACGGUGAACUUUUCUCAACAUGAAUCGGAGAUGGAGAAUCCAGUCUCUUGGUUCGUGGAGCGAUGGAACAACAUCCGGAGGAGAGACCCUCAACGGCAAAACUGGGAGCGGUCUUUGAAGCUGCUCCUCGGGGUUGGUGUCGAUCUUGACGCUUCGCAAUGGGAAGGGCGGACUCUGAUACACCGCGCUAUUUUGUAUCAGAACAAUGCUCUUUUGGAGCUUCUACUUCAGUAUGGGGCCAGGACAGACGCUGUCGACAACGACGGGAAUGGAAUCUUGCAUUUUGCAGCCCAAGCUGGGGACCUAAAGUUGAUUGAGGUGCUACGCGAUGCCAAGAUCCAGGGUAUUAAGUCAGAUGCAUUGAACGAGGCUGGCGAAACCCCAUCGCGGAUCAUGGCGGCACGAAUGACUGGGCAGCUCAAGGACGAAUGGGGCCCCGGAGUGAAUGUUGCGACUUAUGAAGAGUUCCUGGUGUUCAGGUUGCUGCUAGGGGAGAUUGACGAAAGAAACCGGAGUGGUCAGUAUGCAGUCGAUGGAGUUGAUGUCUCCCGCGAUGCCAGGAUUGAUGCUCUCGACAUUGACGAAGAAACAGGACAAGAUGGAGCGGCUUCCGAGGGCAGUUUUCGGAGCGAUGUUGCUUUUGCAAAUUCUGAUGCGUCAAGAAUGGAGCUGUUGUCGGAAUCCGAUGAUGAUGAAUACAGGGACUCGAACUGGUCUGAGGGUGACGGGAGUGAGGAUGAGUUUACGGAUGCGAGAGAUAGUUGGGGUUAA